AUGAUCAACGAAGUGAGCGCGUGGACUGGGAAGCAUCAACUCAUAAUCGCAUUAAUUACUAUGGCUACGUAUACCAUUAACGACGAACGUCCUGAACUCUCCACCGCCUCCUCCACUACUGCGCUUUACCACGGCGAACCCGGUGACAAGCAUGCAAUCCACCCCGUCCCCGCCGCUGUUGUCGACACUGCUCACUCUCGCGUCGGUCACCGCUGCCCGAUCACUGAGCAGCCUCCCCGUCCACCGCUUGAGUCGAGGGACACGAAGAACAUUCUGUGCGACUUGAAUGAGCCUGUUGAUGAGACAGCGACUGCUUACACCACCAUCGAGGGCGCCCGUCAAAAUGCCAUCCCGACUCCUCGCGUCGAGAAAACUGGCAUGGACUGGGGUAACACGUCCACUGCCGCUUCCACCACCUCCACCACUUCUUCCGCCAACUUGGCCACCGGAGGCGCACCCUGGCGCCCGACGGAGGAUUUAAACCCCUCCCUCGGUGGUAAUAUCGCAACUGGCGAACGCAUCCCUAGCUCCGCUUCCGGGGUCCAUGCAAACCCGGAGCAAACCCGCGUUGCGGAGACUGCGAGGGCGAGGGAGGCUGCUGUUGGGGCUGGGGCAGGUGCUGGACGUAGGACGGAGGAGGAGUUGGUUAAGGGUGUUCAGGGUGUUAACAUUGGUUCUGGCGCUGCGACGGACGUUGGUGCGGGAACGCCGUGGAGGUCCACGGGUGAUGUUGAUAUAAGCAAGAAUGCCAUGGGCGGAAAGGGCGUUCACGUCGAUGCACCUACCUCCAAGACCUCCACCACUGACAACCUCGUCGCUAAGACCGAGCAGAGCCCCGCUACUGCUCCCACUGCCGGUUGGGCUGCUCCGCCGACGACAGAUGCUGGAUCUGGAUCCACUACCACCGCUACUUAUGCUACGGCUGAGGCUAAGAAGGAAACGUUGGGGGUCGAGGAGACGAACAGGAGGAAGUCGAGCACUUCGUCUGGAAAGUCGGGAAGCUCGGGGAUUUUUGGAAAGAUCAAGGACGCUAUUAUCGGAUAA